AUGGGCCUCUUCACUCGCAUCCGGGAGCGUUCUCGGCGUAGUGCGGGGAGCGCGAUCGAGCCGCCAACGCCGCCCACACCCCGCGUCAACGGCCGCGACUACACUCGAAAGCUCCCUCGGCCCCUGCUGGCGCGCAUCUUCGCCUUGGUGUGUCCGCAUACAGUUGACAACUCUUACAGCACCUCUGAAGAGUCCAUGACCGAUGGCUGCAUGCUUUGCGACAUGCGCGACCUGGCGCACUGCGCGCUGGUGUGCAAGCGGUGGUUUUUGGAUGCCCGCGCUCUUCUUUAUACAAAUGUUCGGAUUGACCCGGUGCACUACUGCGAGCUCGAAAUUGAAUUGGCGGCCAAGCGAAAGCGCCGCUCCUUCUUUGAUCGCAAUGGCGACCCCAUUGACGCACCCCAAGUCCGUCUGGAGCUCUUUAUGCGAGCGGUGCGGGCGUCGCAAGGGCUGGGCAAUAUGGUCUUGUCGCUACGCAUGCCGUACAUGACCCGCGAGGCCAACAAAGCCAAUAUCGCUCGCACCAUCUCUGAACUCAUCAUCCGAUGCCCAGAUAUACGCCGAAUGAGCUAUCGUCGUGGCGCCGAGGCGAGUAUUGCUCGUCUGCCGGGAUCGCGGCUCUGGGUCAAUCUGGAGAUGCUGGAGUUGUCGGGCCUACAAAUCGAGCCAAGUACUUUGCGAAAUGGCCUGGCGGCAUUUCCCCGGUUGUGCGACCUCACGCUGGAGGAUCUGCCCUGGCUCGAUGACUCUGCAUUCACCGUGAACACGCCUUUGCCCCCAUUUCCCGCGCUGCAGCGACUCACGCUGCGCAAUACCCCCAAUGUCACGGCAAGCGGGCUUGUCGCGAUUCUUUCCGUUCCGGCCAACCAGGCCGCGCUACAGUCAUUGACGCUUUCUGACACCGGGGUUCUUCCGUCCAUGCUGCAUGGGCUGCUAUCUGCAGCCUCGCAGCUCCAGAGUCUCUGGGUUGUCCAGGAGGUUUCUCGAUCCUUCCCGAUGGAGCAGAUUCCGGCCAUGGCAUCCAAGUCGCUGUCAUUGCUGCACUAUGAAAUAACCUCCGAGGCCGAUAAUCACGGCAUGCCGCCGGUCGCGGGCUCGUACUACACCUAUCUUAUUUCUUCCUUGAUGUCCCGGGCCUUGCCGGCUCUGCGCGAUCUCUAUGUGCGCGAUGCGCACUUUCCCGACACGCUCAUGCUCACACCGCCGCCGCGACUCCUGGGCGGCGGAGAGGACGGACCCCAGUUGGUGGGCGGUGGUCUGUCGCAACCGUUGAACGUGUAUAGCAAGGGGCUAGAUGAACUCGAGUGGAACUUCACACCAUACGACCCCGGGUCCAUGGGGCGCCGCGAGGCCCGGACACGGCCCGUCAGCUUCCAAGAAGCGCAACUGAGCCGGUCCUGGGGCGGCGAUGCGCGCAAGAGCGUGCUGGUGGGCAAUGGCUUUGGCGGGUUCCUGGCUGUGCCGACCGAAGAAGAACGGCCCAAGAGCAGUAACGGAUACAAGCGGGCCAGUCGGCAGGACUUGUGGCGGUGA